CAUGGCGGCGGUGCAGAAUUGUCAUCUGUGAAGUGUCCCGGAGUAAACAUUCACUUUUAUCCAGUGCAGUCCCGGAAAACGGUGUUCACGGGAAAGCUUUUUAUCGUAAAGCAUCGAUAUGGGUUCUGAACAACAUUAACGACUGUGUGUGACCAAGAAAAGCUUCGGACCGGCGGCGGAAAGAGGAAAGAAGCGUCAGCCCUGACUCAUCCUCCAGCGGCGGCCAUGUCUCUGGGCGAGCCCACGGCGGACUCGACGCCCUUCUUCUCUGAUGACAGCGAGGCGGAGGGUCCGGAGGAGCAGAGCGCGGCGGGCCAGCGGGCGCAGGAGGAGUCGGCCAGCGGGGUGUCCAGAGUCCGAGCGCUGCUGACCGUCUUCAUCCUCUGCUACAUCAACCUGCUCAACUACAUGGACAGGUUCACCGUGGCAGGUGUUCUCCCCGACAUAGAGCACUACUUUGGGAUCGACGACGGGAAGUCUGGUUUACUGCAAACAGUUUUUAUCUGCAGUUACAUGUUUCUGGCUCCGGUCUUCGGAUACCUGGGCGACAGGUACAACAGGAAGUUCAUCAUGAGUUUUGGCAUCACAUUCUGGUCUUUGGUGACACUUGCCAGCUCCUACACCCCCAAAGAACAUUUCUGGGUCCUGCUGUUGACUCGAGGCCUGGUCGGAGUGGGAGAGGCCAGUUACUCCACCAUCGCCCCCACCAUCAUCGCUGACCUCUACGUGAAGGGAAAGAGGACAAACAUGCUCUCCAUUUUUUAUUUUGCCAUUCCCGUGGGCAGCGGUCUCGGCUACAUCGUGGGCUCGCAAGUCAGUAAUCUGGCUCAGGACUGGCACUGGGCCCUGCGGGUGACUCCGGGCUUGGGGCUGAUCGCGGUGCUGCUGCUCCUGUUCGUGGUCCAGGAGCCUAAAAGAGGGGCCAUCGAAGCCCGACCGGAGCAUCACCUGCACCAGACCAGCUGGCUGACGGACCUGCAGGCUCUGAGCAAGAACUACAGCUUCGUGUUGUCCACCUUUGGCUUCACGGCGGUGGCGUUUGUCACCGGCUCUCUGGCUCUUUGGGCUCCAACAUUCCUCUUCAGAGCAGCCAUCUUCACCGGGGAGAGAGCGCCCUGCGUGGAGGGAAACUGCGCCGCCUCAGACAGUCUGAUUUUCGGGGCCAUCACCUGCGUCACAGGUGUGCUGGGCGUGGCCAGCGGCGUGCAGGUCAGCCGGCUGCUGAGGACGAGGACGCCCCGAGCCGACCCGCUGGUCUGCGCCGCCGGUCUGCUCCUCUCGGCGCCGUUCCUCUACCUGGCCAUCGUCAUGGCUCAGGCCAGCACCAUCGCCACAUACGUCUUCAUUUUCUUGGGCGAGACGUUCCUGUCCAUGAACUGGGCCAUCGUGGCGGACAUCCUGCUGUACGUCGUCGUUCCCACCCGCCGCUCCACCGCCGAAGCUCUGCAGAUCGUCAUCUCACAUCUGCUGGGGGACGCAGGAAGUCCGUACCUGAUAGGAGUGGUCUCGGACUCUCUGAGGAAGAGGGACUCGUUCCUCUGGCAGUUUCGCUCUCUGCAGCUCUCUCUGCUGCUCUGCUCCUUCGUGGCCGUGGCGGGCGGAGGUUUCUUCCUCGCCACCGCCCUCUUCAUCGAGAGGGACCGUCAUCGUGCUGAGAACUACGUGGCUACAGACGACGAACCGAUCGUUGUACCGAAAAGCGGCCGAUCCACCAGAGUCCCCGUGUCCAGCGUCCUGAUCUGAUGGAGGUUCAGCCCGCUCCUCUGCACACCUACGCUUAUUUUAUGACAUUUUUUACGACUGUGAACACUAAUCGGUCUAUCUGCCAUGCAGAGAAGUUUAACUUUUUAUACUUUUACCGCGCCCGGGGACGUGCCGCCGUCCAGAGAACUGUUUGAGUCCAGAUGUUAUUUUUGCAGCUGGUUUCAGAGCGGACACGGCGUUGAAGACGAGCACUAGAGACUCUGAGGAGAAGCGACAGACGUGGCUCUGUGGGGUCGUUUUUACCGUUUAUUCGAUACUCAGGAGCCGCUGAACCGUCUGCAGCUCAUCGAUAUCUUUCUAACCUGCAGCGGGACUCUGAACCAGAAACCAUAAAGACGAUAUGAUCCACGUCCUCAGUAGAACCACAGCCGAGAACAGGCUGCACCCCCAAACCUGGACUAAUUUUAUAUACAGGACAACCUUAAUAAUCAGCUUUCAUAACCGUGUGUUCAUAUAUGUUUGCACCAGUUUUAAGUGGAACACUAACCCUCCUGCUGUUCAGGCGUCCAGGAGGCAGAAAAUGGCACAAUAACAGUUUUUAUGCAUCUGUUCAUCUUUUAAAAGCGUCCCUGCUGGUUUUAAUCCAGUUCCUUUAGUUUACAGCGUGUUUGGAGGAGAGCCGUUCGAGGAGCUGGACGCUUGUUUCUGGUUUCCUGGUGUUGGAGCUCCGUCUGGUGUCACAGCUUCACAGUUAGCUUUAGCGGGUGGAGCUGCAGAAAACACGCUGGUUUCUCAAAAGAAAAGCUUUUAAUGAAUGUUAAUAAUCAGAGAUGUUUUGUUAAACUCAAAUUAUUUUAGCAAGUCUUUUUUUGAACUAUUAAAUGAGAAUGAACUUGUCA